GGCGUUUACGUCGUUGCUCGUGAAUAGCAACUGCUGCUCGACCAGCCGAAUGACGCCACCCCCCGCCGACGCGAAGAAUGAAUCAUGGGAAAGCGUUGCUGUGGAAACGACGCCCCGCUGCUAACGUGAAGCAACGGAAGAACCGUGGAGCUAAUUGUUAGUUAGUUGGCCAGUAUUUGACAUUAAACACUCGGCUGAAUCGAGGCCGUUAACGUUCGUUGACCGCCUUAAUAACCCGGUACACACGGCCGCAGAGCUAACAGGGCUAGCUAAGCUAGCAGCGUGAUGAUGAUGCUGCAGCAUGGCUCCACACAGCUCCUCUGCCUCACAGCCAGCAGCGGGGUUCCUCUCUUCACCAGGGGAGCCUCCAAACAGCUGCCCUUCUCCGUCAUCGGCUCCCUGAACGGCGUCCACAUGUUCGGGGCCGGCCAGGGAGCGGUGCUGUCCUCCUGCGAGACCGAAGGCGGGGGCAAAGUGGUGUGGAGGGUGUUCCAGGACAGCGUGAUGCUCAUCGCCGUGAGCGGAGGUGGACAGGGCGGUACGGGCAGCAGCAAAUUGGAGGAGGUCCGUUUGCGGCGCCUCCUGGAGAACGUGUGGAGCUGCAUGGUGCUGGUGUUGGGGCAGGAUGAGUUGACCGACGUCAAGAAUGUGGAGAGGCUGAAGAGGGACUUGAGGUCCUGCUUCGCCCUCAUUGACCAGCUGCUGGAGGAGAGGCAAGAGGGCAUCCUGGGUAACCUGACGCACUGCGCCGAUUCACUGCUGCCGCCAAACCCCACUCUUCUUCAAGAGGCCCUUGAUGGCUUCUCUCAGGCGGCGGAGAGCGAGUUCGGCUGCCUCGUCGUCCACGGGCGGGUAGCUGCGGCGACUGAGAAGUGGUGGCGCCUUGCACCGCAGGAGGUCGUGCUGCUCUCCGCCCUGAUGCGGUCCCUCUCGGCCUCGGGCUCAGCCUCCUGCGAUUACCCGGUCUUCCUUCCCAAGGGCAGCCCCACCGUGGCCCACCGCCUGCUUCGCUUCCAGCUGCUCCCCGGGGCAGACGUGUGCGUGCUGUGCGGCCCGACCCCUUCCCUGCACAGGGCCGAGAGCGGGCUGGUGGGUCGCUUCUGGACGCCCCUUGUGGAGACCCUCAGAGGCUGCCUGGCUAUUGGAGAGCGCUGCUUACCCGGUUCCGUAUCCCUGCGUCCCGACGUGCUGGCGGUUCUUCUCAUCAACCGCGACGCACGUCGCUCGGUCUCUUUCGUGCGGACCGCCGCUGAUCCUCAGCCCAGUGACCCUCCGUUGCCCUCCAAGGCCCGCUGCUGGGAGCUACUGAAGCUCUUCUACAUCUUCAGCACGACGCGCUACUUCACGCAGGAGGAGACGUUGUCCGUCUCCCCAGAGGAGAGGGCUCAGAGAGGCCACAGUGAAGACUUUGCCCUUGGGUUCCCCCACCAGCCGCUCCAGUGCUAUCUAGUCACAGAGGAGUGCAAAAGCUUUGGACUGCAGACGCCACAGCACCAGCUCUUCCUGCUCACCCCACUGUCGGUGCCCACCUUCGCACUGCGCGCGUUGGCCACGCAGACCCUCUCUGAUAUAGUUGCAGCCACUGGGUUUUAAUUCAACAAUUUAUACUUUGUUACAACAACUGGAUUUUCCCUGAAACCCACCUUCCCAUUCAAGUGUGAAUCAAGUUAUUUUUAUAUCUUUUAUUGAUGACUGCAAACGUAUACAAGCACGUGUUUACUAACAGAUCUAGAGGCCGAAAAAUCUGCUUCCAUCUGGCCGGCUUUUGUACAGACGAUGAUUAACAAACCACAAGUACCCAAUAGAAAAACAUAUCACUGUUAAUGUUCUCAUGGGAUCUUCACCAGUGCUCAGGAAUAGUGUAAAUAAUUUAAAAUGGUAUACCAAAGUAUACUUUGAGCUUUGUUCACCCCUAGUCUAACUCCACUGUUGUUAAGGCUGUUCCCGUCACAGUAAUAGAAGCUGUUACAUCAUCACUAAGAUUGCACUGUAUUUUCAAAAGAUGUGUGAGAGAAUCAUGUGAACAUGUUACUCUGGGAUAAGCAAGUGUCUUCUGUUUGUUGUUGGCUUUAAAUAUAAAGAAACUAUUUAUUUGUCUAAGCUAUUUGUAAUCCUAAAUAUUGUUGGUUACUUUCUGUGGGUCUUGGAGUGAUCUACACUCACUUGUACCUCCACUAAUGUGAUUAAUGUUUGCACCUUUUCAUGGCAAAAUCAGCCAGCGGUCCAAAUAAAGC